GCGCGGCGGCGGGCGAUGAGCACCAGCGCCGAGGCGGACCCGUCGGCUCCGGCCGCACCUGCGCCGCCCGCUCCCGCCGACAGCAAAACGAGCCCCGGCAGCGGCCCCGGGGCGGCCCCGGGCGCGGUGGGCGGCCCCGUGUCGGCGGCGGUGGCCGCGGCCCCGCCUGAAGGGACCAUGUCCAACGGCGUUUACGUGCCGCCCGGCGUGGCCAACGGGGACGUGAAGCCGGUGGUGUCCACCACGCCGCUGGUGGACUUCCUCAUGCAGCUGGAGGAUUACACACCGACGGUACGGGCGCGCCGGGGGGGGGGCUGGCGCCGGGGGCGGCCCUGUUCCUCCCGCCUUUCUCUCCUGCAGAUCCCAGACGCCGUCACCGGGUAUUACCUCAACCGGGCGGGAUUCGAGGCCUCGGACCCGCGCAUCAUCCGCCUCAUCUCGCUGGCUGCUCAGAAGUUCAUCUCGGACAUCGCCAACGACGCUCUGCAGCACUGCAAGAUGAAGGGCACGGCCUCAGGCAGCUCCCGCAGCAAGAGCAAGGACAAGAAGUACACACUGACCAUGGAGGACCUGACACCAGCGCUUGCGGAGUACGGCAUCAACGUGAAAAAGCCCCAUUAUUUCACAUGAGGACUGAGGGGUUGUCACUGGAACUUCAGGUCACUUCUCUGCCAUUAAACACUGGGGUUUUUGG